UGAAAUUCAAUUCCAGAUUAUACAUGUAUACUGUUGUUAAUACGGCAAAUACCUGGAAUGGUAUUACUCAUGUACUCCAGACUUGUAUGGCAUGGACAGCAAUUCUUUUUUAUUGAGUCGGCUGUGCUGCCGAAUGGACGAGAGGGGCCACCUGCCUCUCUGUGAAGCUCACAGGUGGCUCUGCUCCUCUUAAUGACUCCAUUCCACGUGCCCUGAAGCCUGUGACGUGUCGCGCUGGGAGGACACCAUGCUCGCCUAUGCAGUAUCCCUCCCGUCUCUCCUGGCCUGCAGCGCGAGACAGAACAGAGCAGAGGCGAUCAGCGGCGGCGUCAGCAGCUGCAGAAGGUCGGCGGCCAUGGAGAUGCUGAGCAUGCUGAAGGUCGGGUACACCAUCCUGCGCAGCGAGACGCCGGCGACGGACCUCAUCAACUCCUUCAUGGACUGGGCGGCGCGCCGGUCGCUCCUCCUCCUAGCGGUCUUUCUCCCGCCUUACUACAUCUACAAGCUCACCACGGCGGCGUUUGCCGUCGUCGCGCCGGAGGACGUCGCCGGGAAGGUCGUGCUCAUCACUGGCGCCUCAUCCGGCAUCGGCGAGCAAAUAGCUUACCAGUACGCAAAGAAGAGAUCGAGGCUGGCUCUGGUGGCGAGGAGGGAGGCAAACCUGCACGAUGUCGCCGCGAAGGCGAAGGAUGCCGGCUCGCCGGACGUCCUGGUUGUUGCAGGGGACGUUGCAAAUCCAGAGGAUUGCAAGAGGUUUGUGCAGGCAACAGUUGAACAUUUCGGCCAAUUGGAUCAUCUCGUGAACAAUGCUGGUGUGGCGAGUGUCUGCUGGUUCGAGGAAGUGCCAAAUGUUGCUGAUUUCAAGCAAGUCCUGGCCAUAAAUUUCUGGGGCACAGUUCAUCCAACUCAAUGCGCUCUUCCUCAUCUGAAGAAGAGUGGCGGGAAGAUCUUCGCCAACUCCUCGGCUGCGGCGGUGUUGGGAAUGCCAAGAAUGAGCUUCUACAACGCAAGCAAGGCUGCCGUCCUGAACUUCUUUGAGACCCUGCGGAUGGAGCUCCAUGACGAGGUCGGCGUCACGAUCGCUACUCCCGGGUGGAUUGAGUCAGAGAUGACCAAGGGGAAGCACCUGUCGAAGGAUGGAACAAUGAAGGUCGAUCAGGACCUGAGAGAUGCUCAGGUCGGGUUGUUACCAGUGGUGCGCGCGGAGCGGUGCGCGGAGGCCAUCGUGGACGCCGUCUGCCGCGGUCGUCGCCACCUCACUGUGCCACUGUGGUACCGGGCGCUGUUCCUCUGGCGGAUGCUCGCGCCGGAGGUCGGGGACUUUACCCAGCGGGUGUUCUACCGCCGGACCGCCGGCGGCAGCCACGGUGACCAGCAGGCCAAGGCCAGGAGGUUCCUGGAGGCCACCGGCGCCAAGGGGGUGCUCCAGCCGGCGUCGCUGCAGAGCUCUGAUAUCAAGCGGGAUUAGAUCGAGACGACACUACACGUACACAGCUGAUCUGGAGGAAGCGGAGUGGUUUCGUCGUUGUUUGUGAGGUACAUCAAUCAAAUAACGUUAGAGCGAAAUUGAGUUUGAAAAUCUGAUCGACCAGUGAUCGGUCGGCUGUCAGUUGUCAUAUUCGUGCCGUGAUAGUAUCAAGUGUGUGCCUUAAGAUUUUGUACCCUGUGCCCAGUGGACACACUACAACUUAGUCAAGCUUUCCUAAAAAGGAAAACCUUCAGUUUAGAUUUGUUACAAG